AUGCCUUCAGUCGCAAAUAUUCAUAAGCGCCGUGUGUACGGCAAAGAUGCCCAUACAUAUUAUCCAGUGCUUAUUGUCGGGGCCGGGGAGUCUGGAGUAGCAAUGGGCUGCCGCCUGAAAGAAGUCCUAGGAAUAGAUCAAUUUCGAAUUUUUGAACGACAGUCGGGCAUUGGAGGCACUUGGUGGAUCAACCGCCCAGCGGCACUAUACUCAUUUUCCUUCUCUCCCAAAAAGGAUUGGUCGACUCUGCACCCUCCAGGUGCGGAAAUUGCACAGUAUAUGGCCGAUGUCUGCGAGAAGUAUCAGAUCGUCGACAAGAUCCAGUUCCACACCGAUGUGAAGCAGCUCCGAUGGGUGGAAGAAGAUGAAGAAUGGGAAGUUAUACUUUCCCAUCUGGUGCCUGGGACUGGUGAUCUCUCACAAUAUGAACGCGAUCAGCUCGCUACAAAGGAAGGCCAGCAUCGCGUAUAUAUCAAAACCGAGAUGGUGCGAGCGAAGAUUGUUGUGAGCGGCGUGGGAGGACUAGUUGAACCCAAGACAUGGCCAGAUGACAUCCCAGGCAUCGAGGAAUUCCAAGGCGAGAUUACUCAUACCGCUAGGUGGAAUAGCGAUAUCGACUUUCAGGACAAGGAUGUGGUUGUUGUUGGUUCAGGCUGCAGUGCAGCACAAGUUAUCCCCUCCUUGGUGAAGGAUGGUAAUGUUCGCUCUAUCACACAGUUGAUGCGAACGCCUCCUUGGGUACAGCCAGAUCUUUUACCAUCAAAUGCCCUCGCCUGGUGGGAGAAGUGGAGCCCGACCCUGAUAACCAAUGUCCCUGGCCUUUCACUCCUUCUGCGCAACUUGGUUUUCUGGGGGGCCGAGCGAAAUUGGUUCUCCAUGUUCGCUGACAAUGCCUACGGUCGUUGGAAGAAACCACAGAUUGAGAAGAGAUUUUUGGAUAAUAUGCGCUCUUAUGCGCCUAAGGAAUACCACGAGAUUCUUACUCCGAAUUACAGCCUUGGAUGCAAGCGUCGCAUCAUUGACAAUGCUUGGUAUAGAAGCCUGAAUGCGCCAAAUGUUGAACUUACAACGCAGCCAUUGAGUCGAGUGCAUGCGCAAAGUGUCAUUCUAGGUCCUGGGAGUUAUUAUCCAAUCAACACGACCAAGUCAAUCGGCGAAACUCGAGAGAUACCGGCCGAUGUGAUUAUCCUAGGAAAUGGAUUCGAGACCAAUAAGUGGCUGCAUCCAUUGAAAGUCGUUGGAAAAGAAAAGAAAGAUAUGCAGGAUUACUGGGACGAGCGUGGAGGUGCACAGGCAUAUCUUGGAAUUGCAAUGGAUCACUUUCCAAACUUCUUCAUGAUCUUUGGACCAAACACAGCAACGGGUCAUACUAGCGUGAUAUUUGCCACUGAAAAUGCGGUGAACUAUUCAUUGAAGUUCAUCAAACCCAUUUUGGAAGGUAAAAUCAGUUCAUUUGAAGUCAAGGAAGAAGCGGAGCGAUCAUGGGCACAGCAGGUGCAAAAUCAACUGCAAAAGACAGUCUUUCGUCGUGGUCUGUGCGCAAGCUGGUAUAGCACUGCAGACGGAUGGAACUCAAGCACUUAUCCGUGA